AUGACGUACAGACAUGGGAGCCGGAGCCGCUUGAGGCUCAUCGGCCUUUGUCUUCUCCAAUUGACUUUCCUAAUCGUCGCAGUCCACGGUAAGCCAGUUUUGAACCUAUCUUGAACGACGUACGCGCUACUUUUGUGAUGAUUUCUUGAGAAAUUAAGUCCACGCUAUUCAGGCGUAGAGCAGUAGGCUGUUUUGUGGCUCAUUUAAAACGCUGGGAAAAAGAUCACUUCGAUUUUGGCCUCGAAAUUUCAGCAUGGCCUUUUAAUACACCUAUCCACACGUUUCCUCCUAUUCUCAGGGCAGAAUGAUGAGAUGCGUUUGACUCCUGUCUUUUCCCAUCUAGUCAGCAUGUUGCAAUGAGGUCGAGACGGUUUAUUAUUUAAGUACAGGUAGGGGGAAUUUCUUUGAGUCUCGUUCACUUACGAGAUUGGUCACUCUGGGGACACAGCUGUGUUUUCAGAAUCCUCAGGUGAAUACAGCUCGAUUCAGUAGGGCAUAGAGCAAUUUCGGACAGUAGCCAUGGCAACUGGUGGAACGGUUAGUUACCAUUUUUAGGACAGUAUUGAGAUUGUUUAAACUUACUGCCUGACGUUACUUCUGGGUAUAGUCACAGAUGACGGCUGAUUGUCCGUUCUCCAUCGAAAAAAGUGCAGAGAUACCGGUCUCAAUAAGUCUGGGGAUAGGCAUUGACAAAGUGGCCACAAACGGUAGCGUGUGCGGAAUGUUUUAGCGGUUAACUGUAAUUUACAAGUGGGUUUUAGAAUGGAGAAAAAGUACUUAUCUGAGGUGAGCACACUGAUUAACAUGCAACGUAGUUCUUGGAUGAUUCAUGCAUGACACUAUGGUGGAUUGUAAUUGAGGAUUUAUUUGGCCACCAACCCUAAGGGAUUUGCUUAGGUAGUGUUAUUUACCACUAAUUUUCAAUGACCGCGUAGUUCAAAGCAUACUUCACACAAGUACAGCAUAAAACUCUCAUUUUAUAUGCUUGUUUAACGACAAAUUAGGUUCUCUUAAAAGUUUAUACUUGAGAAAGAGAUGACAUCUGUUUCUGAAAAGUCUCCAGCAUUAAUGGAAAAACGCCACUACCUCUUCUCCAGAACGGUUUCCACUGAUGGCUGAAAUUCUUAACCUAAAAUCGUCGUAUUACCGGGUAGGAUUAGGCUCCAUGCUGAUCAGCCUUGAAUCUCCCAUCCCCAAAAAGAUCUCUUCCAGUUGGCGGCUGAAUGAAGGAUUUCAGACAACGACUCGUCAGGUUCAGUGCGUACCCCCCAGCGUACGCAUUUGGCAGAAGGGACACUUUGUUUACAAACAAAGCAUUUGUCCGGCGCGUAACUGCGGAUAAUCUAUUCAGCGACUCCACCGUCUGAACGUAGCCACCUGUCAUCUGUCUGCUGCGUUCGGACGGAGAAGUGAGACGUUUUUGAAAAAAAAGUUAAAAUGCCCUUCGGUUGUCAUAGUAUUUGGACAAGUAAGUCUUCGAGAAAUUCAGUAAGCGAGAGUGCGUCCUACCAUUUUUCGAAAACACUGUUGACAUUCAUCAACCCGGUUGGUAUCGCGAACGUCCUCUAUUUUGGCGGGAUCCCGCACUUUGACCGUUUCACUCGGGUACAUACUUUUCAGAGAGACAGGAGCUUUAUGAAAAACUGCCAUAAAAAUUCUAGCCGGCGCGAAAAAUGGCCAAUCACAAUUAACUGACUGGUCAAAAUGUAAAUGUACCCCAUGCUUUAUGCAGGCGACCGGUGAAACAUCUAAUUUGCUCGCCUCAUUUAGAGAUAAUUAACGAUCAGAACACUAUUAUUGAUUGUUCUGUACCAAUAAAGCCGAAAUGGUGAGUGUUUAUUUAGCAAUGACUUAGUUCUUGGUAUUAUCAGCAGGCUACAGACGAGUGAUCAGUCAUUAUUUGUUCACCAGUUGAUCAAACAUAAAUUUACAAGGUGGUAUUUUGUUCACUUAAAGGCCAAGUUGAAAGCCCGACCGCAGCCGUCGGCCCCGCCGGUCCUCCCGGUGACCCCGGUCCUCAGGGCCCAGAGGGUGCCGCAGGUCCUCCUGGACCCAUUGGUCCGGCGGGACCGCCUGGGCCCGAUGGAGCUCCUGGCAAUACGGGCGCACCUGGACGGGCCGGUCUUCCUGGCAGGGACGGUCGUGAUGGACUUCCCGGUGUUGCUGGUCCCCCUGGUCCUCAAGGACCCCCUGGUCCCGCUGGAGACGCCGGCGCUACUGGCGAACCUGGCAGACAAGGCUAUAUGGGACCGCCCGGCGAGAAGGGUGAUUCCGGUUUCGACGGGCUAAGAGUAGGUUCAAACUUUGCUCGCCCCUUCCAUCUCAUGCGAGCGUAUUUAUAAAAAAAAAAAUAAAACCUACGUUACCGCUUUUAGGGUGCUCAAGGUCCAAUGGGUUCGCAAGGUCCAGUCGGUCCGAUGGGUCCCGUCGGCCAGAUGGGCCCUACCGGUAACCAGGGUCCCAUGGGCCCCCGUGGUGAGACAGGUGCUGACGGUCGACCGGGUCUGCAGGGUCCUCAGGGUCCUGUCGGUCCCCCUGGUGUCCCCGGCAUGUCUGGUGAAAUGGGCCGAAAAGGUGAACGCGGUGACAUGGGAUUAAAGGGUCCCAAAGGCGCUCGCGGUCCCACCGGUGCAGCUGGGAUGCCUGGACCUGCUGGUGAACCCGGAACAGUGGUGAGUAGCCCCUGGAGUCUCUGUUUCAGACCACACACCCUGUACAGUUUGAUAUCUACGCAUUUGAGGUACUUCUCGUGCAGCGAUCACGCAGGUCUCCUGGAAGAAGUGAAGAGUUAUUCGUCAUUUCUGAAAAUUACUAUUCAGCAUAAGCAAAAAAACAACACUGAAUCAUGUAGUUCUUGCCUGUCUGAGAUUUCUGCUGCCCCCAAAUGUACUUAUCUGAAACGAAAGCCAAGAAUUAAUGUUGGAAAAAACUCCGAUGUUGCCGAGAAGUAAGGACAACCACUCAUGUCAGCAUCGCCUGAUUUAUGCAUCUAAAUGAAAGCUUUUAUGACUGGAGCCGUUCGACAGGCAAAAGAGAGAGGGAGCCCUUGAGACAAUUCUUGUGGAAUACAAACAGUCGGUUUCAUUACUAGGAAUGUCUAAUGACAAACCGAUGUGCCGGUCAAUCGCAAAAUUGCCGUUGAAAAGUAUUGCAACGACAAAAACUAUUUGCUUAGUACGGUCUUUAAUUUCACUCUAAUUAACAUACUGCACACAUUUUAAUACGUGAUUGCUUAGCUGUUUCAGUUUCCUUGCUUUCCUUUUUGUGGAAUUUUGUCUACACCGAGGCGAAAACACACCACGUACAAACAAAAAGGCAAAUGGCUGGUAAACAGUAGUAUUAAGGAAAAUAAAAAGCUGGGAAAUGUUUGUACACUCCAGUAGCUGCAUACCAUUAAUAACACUGUUUGAAAGGACUGAGAUAUAACCAGCCUCCGCUCCAUACUUUUAUGGUUGAUACUUUCGUACUUACUUUGGAUACACGUCUGCGCUUGGUUAUCGACCUCGGGUAGGAUUCUUUCGGCAGUAUAACCGCCAUAUUCAUUUCCCUCGACCAAGUUCCUUCAGCUGACGUUUGGUUAUCCACCCACAAAAAGGACACGUUUGAACGCCUACUCACCACAAUUAUUAGCCUGGUGGAGAUGUGCUCCAUAAAGUCACAGAAAAGAAAACAUUCUACACGGCAACAUAGCGGGGAUUUGCUUCUGUUGAUACGGCUCGAAAUUUACUUACACUGAUGUAUGCCUACACGGUCAAUAUGCAUUACUUAAACGAUGCGAGAUUUAGUAUAAGGUGCACACUUUAGAGCUGUGCACGCUAAUAUGCAAUAGCAUUAAUGGUGACUGGCUCUUCUAGUAUGGUUCAUACAGGCCUCAAGGAAUGUAAGCGUCUGCUAUGACAGGAUUCAGAAAACCAUGGUCCUCCCAACCUGAUGCGUGCUGGCAGUUCUUUAACGCCUGGUUUCCUGUCAGUAGAUGCGCCUGCGCUCCUUCUGGGUAUGCAGGUCGUGGGCAGGGCUACCCCCUGUCAUCAUCCUCAUCAUCUUUCUGGCCCGUUGUGGUGGUGGUGGUGUUGUUGCUUAAAAUUCUGGUCAAGUGCUUGUUGUGGACCAGGGGGUGUGAUGGUACGCCUAUGUGCGGGUCCGGCCGUGCCAGCCACCUGCGCCCUCAUCCGCCUCUGGUCCUCUUGACUGUGUCUUGACAGCGGGCACAGGUGGGGAGGAGAGAGUGCGGUAGAUGCUGCGCAAGUCUACUCUCAUUAUAAACUAAAUCACGCGCAAGUCAUCAUGCCUGCACCACCUUGCUGUGGAACACACGACGGACAUCGUCGAGUACGACGGUCGAACUACCACUGUUCUUACAGGCAUUAAACUCUGACGAUAGAAUGCUGUGGCGGACUAUCACAUUCGCGGGAUACGGUGUAGUCUGCGGAGUUGGUUUCAGGGAGGGGAUGGUUAUAUUUCAGUCUAAUGCAUUACUCUUUUAUAAGCAUUACCGGCAAAGAUAAGGGGAUUUUGAGGAGGAUGUGCUAGCUUAUUUACAGUCAUUAGGCAGCCAUACUCCGAGAGCAGAUCGCCUUAAAACCAGGUCAUACCAGUGAACGUCAUUCCUAAUUGACGCUAGCAUCCCCUAAAUACAACUCACAAAGUCUAGGCGCACGACUCAGCUGGCAGAGCGUUAUGUUCGCUGACCAACUGGACCCGUUUUCAAGUUUGGGAUCUGAUUGGCUGACGAAGGUGACUCAGUUAUAAAUGACCAGUGAAGUAUCCCAUAUCCCUAUCCCAAUUCCCCACUCUUCUGCCACCGUCCGAAAUAGCUUUAGAGCGGAACUUCAAGGCAAAACAAAAGGCACAUAGUUUGUCCCGUAACCAGGCCGGAUCGGUGAACGCCGACUAUAGCUGCACGGAAUACUCCCUUAUGAAGUUAAUGUUAGUGCCCACGUCCUCACUCAUUUCCGGCAAAAAAUGAUGUUCUAACCAUAAGAAAGCAGAGGGGGUUAGGCGUGUAGUGCGUCGGAGGAAUCCUUGGUUGAGAAGACGCGUCUAUCAACGGGAAGAGAAAAUAGUCAAAGGGAGUACGACUGCCGCGUGCUUCAGUCACUGACCUAACCACCUCCCUGAUGAUUGAGGGACCUUCUCGGUGCCGCCACCUGCUGAUGCUCACAACUGGCGUGCUGAGGACUGUUAGAUUGGCUGGCACGCAAAGGCUAAUGAUACACUGAAACUUUCAAUCCAGUAAAGAUGAUCUGGUCACUGGCAAAACUGCCUCAUUCGUCAAGGAUGACAACUUUCAGAGUCAUAGGUUCCCUGGUCGCUGGUCUUCUGAUCCAGAAUCUACUGACCGAUCUCUCCCCACCUGCCAAAGUGUUAUUAGAAACAAGAUUGACAAAGUUCCCGGGACCACUACUCACAGGCGUACCUUCUUCUGACCCCGAAACGGCUGAAAAAGCAAAGGACAAACUUGAAUUCUACCACCUACCGUGCUUGGGACUUUAACAUUUGAAAAUAGAUUUCUCAGUGAGGAACCUCCUUGGUCGCACGAUAUUGUUCUACGUCUGCAAGAACUACUUGUAGCUUCUAAGGGCCAAAGUGCGAAAGACCUACUGUCUAUAGAAAUAAAGUCUUUACGAGAAGGAUCAAAGGUCUAUUUAGACACAAACUGCUGCCAUUGUUGUCCUGUAUAGUACAACAGUACGUCCUUCCAGUAAGUAAAAGAGGUUCCUCUUUUGUCUAGGGCGAGCCCGGCAUUGACGGUCGACCUGGCCCACGCGGUGAAACCGGUGUAACAGGCCCUCAGGGCUCAAUGGGUCCAACGGGCAUCCGCGGUGAGCGAGGAGCACCCGGUCGUCAGGGUCCAGCGGGCAGAAAGGGCGCACAAGGCGACCAAGGUCCCAUCGGUGCGUCUGGUGAGGCUGGCGCUAUCGGUCCAAAAGGUGAGAAGGGCCAGCGUGGUCGUGCUGGUGACCAAGGUGAAGCCGGUCUCCGUGGUGAACGCGGUCCGAUGGGUCUACCCGGUGCCAAGGUAAGAACAAUUUCCCAUGUGUCCUCUCUCCCUCUCGUUCCCUCUUUACUAUCCUGCCCUUCGAUGACGUCUUCCGGUCUUUUUUUGGAUAUAACCUAAACACGCGUUUGUAACCCCUCUUCUUCUUCUUUAAGGGCGUCCGCGGUGAGACUGGGAUGGCUGGAAUUUCCGGAGCCCCCGGCCUCGACGGUCGUCCAGGCGCUGACGGACCUGCUGGUGAGGCGGGUCCCCAGGGCGAACCCGGUCUGGCCGGUGCACCAGGCCCCAUGGGUCGACCCGGCGUGGAUGGAUUGCCUGGCGCUAGGGGCGAAAUGGGAAGCCACGGUGCCGAUGGACAGGUUGGCCCCAAAGGAGCCCCCGGCCCUGCCGGCCCACCCGGCCGAACUGGUUCCACUGGAAAGUCCGGAAUGCCUGGUGUGUCAGGGGCUAUGGGCCCACCUGGACCUCCUGGUCCACCGGUAAGAAAAACACCAACGAUUUCCUCUUAGCAGUUCCUUGUCUGGCCUACCGUGAUGUUUUCUGCAGAUCCUUAUCUCCUAGAGUCAUGCGUGUCACCCUUCACCAUCUUUCAGUAGGGGGUUCUAUGUUAUAGGUUUUUUUUUACGAUAAUACGUUUGCUUUUAUUCCUGAGGCAACUUUUCAACAUUUAAUAUCUCCAUCAAACUUGGGAUAACUUGACAGUUUGUCAUAAUCUUGCGAGCUACUGAAACCCCCGCACUAAUUCCCAACGUCACGCACCUAUCUGCAUUCGACUGCAGGCUGAGGUGAAAUCUUCAUUCUGUGCCCAAUACUAAAUGACAAUCCAGGUGUCAUUUUUGUUAGUCAUAGGGGGUGGGUGACGACUGAUUAUCAGAUUCCAAAUGUCUGGAAGUAUGGAAGUGUUUCUACAAACUGCUUUGUCGUGUAGAAGUCAAGAGGGGGGCCUUGAAACAUCUUUUCCAAUCCACCUUUUAAAACCUAUAGUCUGAACUCAGAUGGAAAAAGAGCUUACUACGCUUAAUCAUGUCCGUCAGUACGAAGCCGCCUACAGUAGAUUGCUAACUCAUGAAAUGUCAACCAAAAUUUCGAAAUGCGUUCUCGUUUCGAAAAGAUAAAUUAAGUUGUGUUGUAAAACUAAUCAUGAUGCAGCAUAAAUCUAUAAUGAUCCAGUUACCUAAGGCUGUCGGCUUUCGAAAGAACUUAUUUUCGGCUGCAUGCAAGGUCUAUACUCUUCAAAAAAUGACUGCUUAAGUAGCAUGCAAUUUUCUCAUUGAUUUUCGAUGCCCUUGAAAAUUCAAUUAUAUUUCAUGGAAGACAUGCAUAAAAAUAUUUAUUAUUUUACGUAUUCGGUAGAAAAUCGCGUCUUCCAAUUUCAUACGCAAAAGAAGAGUAUAAUUCGGUUUUAAAAAAGUUUCUAAUUGUGAGAUUUUUUAAUACCGUUAAAUGGCCGUUCAUGAAACGUCAUGUAUCUGCAUUUACGAAUGUGGCUGGUAAAGUUAACAAUAUUGCUCAAAUCCACUGCUUAAUUUUAUGAACCUCAUAUAGUCUCCUCUUAACACCGUAGAGAAAUGCAUGGUUUUCCGUACACGGAAAAUAUACAGCUUGUAGUUUUGAAACCCUGAAUGCAAGUGUAAUAGCAGGUCGGGUUCAAAAUUAUUCGGGAAUUAGAAAAGCUUUUUAAAACCGAAUUCUAAUAUUCUUUUGAGUAUGAAAUUGGAAGAAGACGUGAUUUUCUACCGAAUAAGUAAAAGAAUGAAUAUUUUUAUGCACGUUUUCCAUGAAAUAUAAUUGAAUUUUCAAGGGAAUCGAAAAUCACUGAUAAAAUUGCAUACUACUUAAGCAGUCAUUUUUUGAAGAGUAUAGACCUUGCAUGCAGCCGAAAAUAAGUUCUUUCGAAAGCCGACAGCCUUAGGUAACUGGAUCAUUAUAGAUUUAUGCUGCAUCAUGAUUAGUUUUACAACACAACUUAAUUUAUCUUUUCGAAACGAGAACGCAUUUCGAAAUUUUGGUUGACAUUUCAUGAGUUAGCACAUCUACUGUACAUAACAUCGGAGGUCCAAGGAGGCAAAGCAGGCUGUCACCAUUCCGUACUGUGAUCUGUCCAGAAUAAAGGAUGCCAUUUUCAUAUUAUUCUCGAGCACAGUUUACUCGGCCUGAGUCUAUGUCUCAGCUAUCAUCAGGUCAAGAUUGCUAAGUAAGUGGACAGGGAAGGGAACUUAUACUCACGUGGAGUCACUAAACAAAGGCCACCUGGAAUCGAGCUUAACGAUGGGAUGCAUUCAUAACCAAGGGGGGGGGGGAGAGGCAAUUUUGGUUCAUACCACUCCUCAUUCAGGAGUCGUGGUGGCAACUUAUGUGAAAGACGGACUCGAGUGGACCAGGUAAAAGUCGCAUCGGGAACGACUGUGUUCGUGUAGGCGACUCGGUUUCCCGGAGAAAAAGAGUUCAGCUAUCUGACCAGAUGACUAAAGAUGGAUAGUAGUCUUCAUCCUAUAACCAGUUUUAGCGCAGUAGACUACUGUCCACAAACGAGAGACCAGGCGAUUGGUCAGCAGGCAGGCAGGCGAAGGUAGUUGCCUUGGAAUGGAAGGUAGUCAUUUACCUAACCAAGCCUAGUAUGUUCUCCUGCCAUUCAAAGAAAUUCCAGUACCUGAAUGCUACGCCUUCGCUUCCUUGCUGGGGGUAGUCAUGGAUGUACACUCAAACCGUCCGUCUUUUUUACGUGAAUAAUCAGUGCGUAUUGUGUACACCUAAUCGCUGAACCCAGUAACCUUCCAACUCUUUAGGGUCUCAGUGGACCAGCUGGUGAGCAGGGUUCAAAAGGCGUUCGAGGAUUUUACGGUGCUGCCGGUGACCUCGGAGAACCCGGCAGUGCUGGUCCCCCGGGUGCUGAUGGACCCCCCGGUCCUACUGGCACAGUAGGCGCCCCCGGUUUCUCUGGUCCUCCAGGAGAGCAGGGUCCAGCUGGCAGUCCCGGAGCAGAUGGCGAGGAUGGUCCUCCUGGCUUCGACGGUAUUUCCGGUAAGGACGGAAAGCAGGGACCCCGCGGCAAGGACGGCAAACAGGGUCCCCCCGGAGCCCCCGGUGAGCCUGGACCCGCGGGUCCUCGCGGUGUUCGCGGUGAACGAGGUCUAACCGGCCAGAAGGGCGAUGCUGGUGAACCCGGUGAUGAAGGCGUAAUGGGCUUGCCUGGUCCUCACGUAAGUCACUUAACCGCUUUAUCGCAAAGGAUCCAAGUAGACAAGAAAAGAAUCAAUCACUGACACCUGCCCCCCUUCUAUUGACGUUGCUUUUAGGGCCCUGCUGGACCGCCUGGUGUGACCGGCGAGACCGGAGAUAGCGGCGACGUGGGUGAGUCUGGUGACGAUGGACUGCCCGGUCCUCGCGGCUUCCCCGGACGAGAUGUGAGUUAAUACUCUGCCCUUGACUGCCCCAAAUGAGUGCCUGAUUAGGAAACAUCUGAUCUCUCUUAAGGUACCUUGGAUUUUACCGCGUGUGUUUAUGUGGGCUUUGUUAUACACGUUAAUGUCUGCUUAAGCAUCCUGGCUAAUAUAACCCGAUGGCUUGAUGUAGGACGCGCGAUAUAUUACGGGGGACGGUUUUGGAAUAGAGUCAUGAUUUACGGAGAAUGGAAAACGCGACCAUGCGCGGCACAGCAGGCCAAACCGGCUGAGAGAUGUACGCGUGAAAUCGGCCAGCCAAUCAACGUGCACUGCGCCACUAAACAAAUGUGAUACCUUUGCUCACGCGAGUGGCCCAAUCAGUGGCCUGCGGAAAAUUCGGCUCGUUCACAGAGGGAUUAUCGCACAAGAAACGGACAGUUCACGACCACCACGCCAGAGGCCCCACAUGUUCCAGAACUGUAAGCAGUCCAGUGAAUAAGACGAGUUAUAGCAAGUAGGGUGUCGUGUUACUCAAGCUGGCAGAAUGAAGGGGUGGUUCCUGGGACCCACCUUCCUUCUCUCUCUCAUCCGCCUGUCUGGACAUAAUACCGUGACGUGCAUUCCAGUUGAUCGCGAUGUACCAACUCACCAGUAACGAAGAGAUGCAAACAGAUCAAGGGACCCAACGGUCCGUUUUUGGCUCAAUCGUCUAGUUGUGUUGGUUGUUGUGGAGCAGACAAAAGUUAACCUUACCUGAGCAAAAACCAAAUCGGAGGACCCUCGCUCUACGGCUGUAAGUGAAAACACUAAACGAAGAGGUUGUGGUGAAAGCAACUGCUACAUUCGUGCAGUGCUUGUUAGACAUAACAACUCAGGCAUACAUAAAAGUCCAGUAAGCGGAGAAGGGUCUGCCACACGUUCCUGGAAAAAAAAGUGACAUAUAUCCUAUUAAAUAUUUCUUUCGUAUUACCCACCAAGGGACUCCCAGUUGUCUAUGGAGGUCUAAGGAAUAGAUCCGGAAAUACAAGGGACUAAGACAACAGCUUCUUCAAACUUGCGUACCCCUAAUUAGUGGGCCGUACCUCUAACCGAUAACUAUCGCCGGGAGCACCCAUAGUCCUCAAGUGAGCUCGAACCCAUGGAUCGACAUCACUGUAAAACCGUGGUUCCACCGGUGCCAAAGUACCAAUUCUCCCUUGUCGGUGUUAGUCCGUAUUUCUCCACAAUGAAAUGCACGCACACCCGUCUGACUGGUCUCUCAUGCUGAAGACUGGCAAAUUGUAAACUUCCUGCUUCUUUAAUGGGAUUGGACAGUUUUGACUGCAUGAUUAUUUGGCAAAUUGUCGUUCACGACCUUGAGGACUCUCUGUAACAGCCGAGUAAAGAGUCCAUGACUUUCAACGACAAUGAAACUAGCUGAAAAAAGGAAAAACAUUUUGCAUUUUAUAGGGUCUUCGAGGACCGCAAGGUGUUCGUGGCCCUCCCGGCCCUCCGGGAUUGAAACGCGCAGAGAAGCAAGUCGCCGGUUCUGUGGGUGCACAGGGAGCCAGAGGACCCACAGGAAAAACCGGUGCCCCCGGCGUGAUGGGACCGAAGGGUGAGCCUGGUGAGCCCGGCCAACCCGGUAUGACUGGUGAGGCGGGUGAGCGAGGCCCCGCUGGACCCCCCGGUGAUCCUGGUCCAGAUGGCAAAAAUGGAGCUGAUGGUGAAGAUGGUCAAGAAGGACCGCCUGGAGAGGCUGGACCACCCGGACCUCGUGGUCCCGCGGGAGAAUCAGGUGCUAUGGGUCCACCCGGUAUGUCCGGCAAACCUGGUCCAGUUGGACCCGUCGGUCUUCCUGGCAUGGCUGGUGAGCCCGGCAAACGCGGUCCGGCUGGACCUCCUGGUCCAGCUGGUGAAAGAGGUCCGACUGGUCCGGCUGGAAUUGAUGGCAUUGACGGACGUGAUGGACGUCCUGGACCGCAGGGUCGACGUGGACCAUCUGGACCUAUGGGUCCUGCAGGCGACUCCGGUGAGCCAGGCAAGGAGGGUCCUGAAGGUCCACCUGGACACCCUGGUUUUGCCGGUCCCGCUGGCGAGCCCGGUGCAGAGGGUCCUGAGGGCAAAGAGGGCAUUGAAGGUGUUGCCGGUGAGCAGGGCCCGCAGGGUCCUUAUGGUGAAAUGGGCCCAGUUGGAGAAGUCGGUGAUGCUGGACCAACCGGUCGCGCUGGUCCCGCAGGCAAACGCGGUCCCACAGGCCCUGCUGGUCCACGUGGACCACAGGGUACUCCUGGCCCAACUGGUCCUCCCGGACACGAAGGUACACCCGGUCCUAUGGGUCCCAGAGGCCCACGUGGAGUUGCUGGUCCGAAGGGCGAACCUGGUGCCAAGGGCGAAAACGGUCCUAAUGGUCUUCCAGGGCCUGAUGGCGAAACUGGCCCACGGGGUCCCCAGGGACAACCUGGCCAAAGAGGCAAGGAAGGACGACCCGGAAAACGUGGUCCCGACGGUGCCAAGGGCACCCCUGGUGGUCGAGGACCCGUUGGUCUGCCUGGCCCUCCUGGCAAUGAUGGUCCCGCUGGUUACCCUGGCGCCAUGGGUGAACGUGGUCCCACUGGCCCCGACGGUGAACGAGGUCCCCAGGGUCCUCAAGGUCGACGAGGAGAGACCGGUGACGUGGGCGAGGCGGGUCCACAGGGACCUCCUGGAAACGACGGUGAUCCUGGUCCGCCUGGUGUCCAGGGUCCACCUGGUCCUCCCGGUCCACCGGGCCCCCCUGGCCAGAUUAUGAGCGUUCAGGCUCGUCGAUCACCAACCAAGGGCCUCCUCUACGGCGAUGACCCUCAGGCCUCUCGGAAGAUUGGCAUGAAUGCUGUCAAGAUUCCGCGCGGUACACGUGAGGUUCCUGCGCGAACCUGCUCCCAGCUGGCCCAGAUAUUCCCCAAGUAUCCAGAUGGUGAGUUAGCUAUAUUGGAAUCAAAGGCCUUAAUUUUUUUUUAUAAUAAUAAUAGUGUAUUUUAGGGUAAUAGGCAAUGACCUUGAUUACCCUAUUGAAAACGGUACAUACAAUAUUAAUGUUAAAUGCACAUUUUACUAGAAUGUUGUCAGUAAAAUAUUUGUUUACGGAAAACGUUUGUACAGUGUAUAGCUGCCAAGGGUGCGGCAGGCGGUCUUUUCAAUAGAACUGUGCAAUGAUUUACCGUACUAACAACACAGGUAUUAGCUAAAAGCCUGCACAUAUGAAAUUUUAAGUGCAGUUAUAUACAAUCCGCAUAAAGUGCAGUCAUUUGCAUAGUCUGACAGGGAAAAUUUCACAAAAAGUCAGGAAUGUGUUACAUAGGGAUGAAAUCAAGAAAUGAAAUUUAUGGCUGGCCGCAGAUAGCCCUGUAGUGAGAGUCGUCUCUUAUCAAAGAUCAAACGAUCCAGUUGCCUUUUGAAUACAGCCCUUCUAUCAGAUGUCACCACUUCACUCGGAAGUGAUUUCCACGGUCGAACAACACGCUGGCUGAAGGAAAACUUCCGAUGGUCUAGGCAUGUACGCUCCCGCUUGACUUUGUACGGAUGACCGCGUAGGUGACUCAUGGUCGUGAAUUUAAAGAAGUCUUCAGUUUUGAGCGAACGUUCAUGCCCGUGGAUAAUGCGGAAUGUCCAUAACAGGUCACACCUCAUUCGUCUAUAGGAUAGGGGAACGAGUUUAGCUGGAUCAGUCUUUCUGGGUAUGUCGGAGUCCUGGGACCGUCCACCAGUUUUGUGGCCCGUCUUUGCACCUGCUCUAUGGCAUCACUGUCUUUCUUCAUCCAGGGCAUCCAUGAUGGCAUUUCGUAUUCCAAAUGCUGUCUGACGAACGUGCCGAAUAUAUCUGAGAAGUGUUCUGGACGACUCUUUUGCAGUGCUGAGAGGACAGCAAGUUUGAGCAUGUUCAGACACCUAGGUCUUUGUGCGUGUCCACUUCUUUUAGUGGAACCCCAUUUAUGGUGUACUGGUAUUUUGGGAAUCUCCUCCGACCAGAUUCUAAUCUCAAGACUACACAUUUGGAUACGUUAAACGCUAGAAGCCACUUGCUGGACCAUGAAGCCAGCUUUUUAACAUCUUCCUGUAGUUUCUGCGCGUCGUCAACGCAGCUGAUUGUUUUCCAGAUCUUCACAUCAUCUGCAAACAUGAUGCCAUCGCAUCCAAGAUCUGCAGGCGGAUAAGGUUGAUAAGUAAACUAAGGCGGAUCAUGUCAUAGGAAGAAGUGUUAGUUAAAUUGACUUUCUCAAGAGGCAAAGGCGGAAAUUCAGAAAAUAUUAAAAGCAAUUUCACUUCAUUCUAAUAAAGGAGUUCUAUAACUGGCCCUCUGGUCACACAUGGGCUCGGCCGGAAACUUUAGGUCACAUUGGAAACUUUUGAUGAGCUAAAGGUCAACUUUUACUCCGAGCUGUCAUGAAUCCUUUGCAUUCGCAGGACUCUACUGGCUGGACCCUAACGGUGGCUUGCCCUUCGAUGCCGUUCAGGUCAAAUGCAAGAUCCAAAGCAGGGAGACCUGCAUUUCACCGAAACGUAGCGUCUUCCAGAUCGGCAAAUGGAUCAAGGUGGCUCCAGAAGAACCCAGCUGGUUCCAGCAGGUCAACGAAUUCGGCGAGGUCAGUUGCGAGAUGCCAGGUCUCUUUUAGAAGUGUGGAUGGCACAUAAAUGUGACGUAAAAGCCUACUUUCUGCCUCUUCUCUCCCCUCCUCCUGCAGUUUGACUAUGGAAUCGAUGCCGAUCAACUGAACUACCUAAAGAUCUUCAGCCACCGGGCGGUCCAGAGCCUGUACAUCAACUGCAGAGGUCUGGCGCAGUCAUCCAACUCCACGAGCAUGGACUUGGGUCUUCUUGGCGACGAUGACACCAUCCUGACCAUGCAUCAUCCCAAGAGGCGAUUCAUCCUGGAGAAGUCGACCUGUGGACAGGUAGGUAGCUGAGAAAAUUCACUUUCAUUUGCCUAACCAUCGACUAGUUGAGAGUUGGACCAUCAGAAUAUUGUAACGAUCCCAAUGUCAGUACAGAGACGACACAAAGAAAGUAAGGCUAGUAGGGGUUUUCGUGUACUAGGGGAAAAUGGAUAGUGUUGAAUUUAAGUGCUGGUUGUCUUUGAUUGAGCGAGGUUGUAUAUGGACAGUUUAAUUCCAAGAGUUUCGGAGGCGUAGUUUACUUAUGAUUUACGAGGUUUCCUACGCGAAGAGUAAAAUAUAGGUCCCGGUAAUAACGCCUCACGCAUCAUCAUCAUCAUCAUCAUCAUCAUCAUCAUCAUCAUCAUCAUCAUCAUCAUCAUCAUCAUCAUCAUCAUCAUCAUCAUCAUCAUCAUCAUCAUCAUCAUCAUCAUCAUCAUCAUCAUCAUCAUCAUCAUCAUCAUCAUCAUCAUCAUCAUCAUCACCACCACCACCACCACCACCACCACCACCACCACCACCACCACCAUCAUCAUCAUCAUCAUCAUCAUCAUCGAUGUGCAUGGCCCAGAUAACUUUGUCUGCGGCGUCAAACGAGUGGAUGUGCCAAUGGGAUGUGACCGUCGACCCGCUUAGUAGCAACUGUCUCCCAAAAGCCCUCAUGUUUCCUUUGCUCUACAUGCAAACGGCCGAGCGCAGUUUACCUUUGGUGCUUAUGGUGGUCGAGCUCUAGAGAUUUCGCAGGGACGCUUUCAAGCUGGUCUUCUGCAUACUGUCUAGGGGUUUCUCUUAUGGUAAUUAUGCUAUUUCUGAGUAACAGUCCCCGGCGAGUGUUCGGGUCUGAAAAAAGCACGUUUGGCGAACGGUCCUCUGGGCCAGUUAGGACGACUUCUUGUCAGGCUAAGUAAUCACGAUAUCGUCAAAAGUUAGGCGUGGAGUGCACACGCGCGACUUGCCAUUUUGCCUAACGCUCACUUCCUUCUCCGCGUCCUUCCAAACAGAUUGAAGACGGUGAGACGAUUGUACGCGUGGACGGCCGACCGGCACGCCUGCCUCUGCGAGAUGUGCAGUUGCCAGCCGGUGCCCUCAGCGUUCCGGCAUUCGGCGUUGAAGUGGGCGAGGUCUGCUUCUCCUAG